AUGAAUAUCUCACGACUUUUGCGGUCUUACAAAAAAUCUCCAGGCGUGGUUUUCGGCACCGUGGUGAUCUUGGUGAUACUAGUUAUUGCAGUUGCCAAUAACUCCUUCUCGGAAAGCCACCUCGAUGCCCCUGUGCCAAUCUCGCAGAAGACACAGCCGGUCGAGGUCAAAGACACGGUGCCAUUCAUGCCUAAAAUGGCCAACGAAACGCUCAAAGCAGAGCUAGGAAACGCGUCCUGGAAGUUAUUCCACACCAUCCUGGCCAGAUAUCCAGAGACGCCAACGCCCGAGCAGAAACAGCAUCUCGCGGAUUAUAUUCGCUCGUUUGCCCUUGUGUACCCUUGUGGAGACUGUGCCCGCCACUUUGCUGUGUUCUUGGAAAAAUACCCUCCACAGCUGAGCUCGCGAAAAACCGCUGCGUUGUGGGGCUGCCACAUCCAUAACCAGGUAAAUUUGAGACUUCACAAGCAGGAAUACGACUGCUCCACCAUUCUAGAGGACUACGACUGCGGUUGCGGCCAGGACGAAGCCGAGGAGCUCCAGGAGAAGGACACUAAAGAGCAUCUUGCAAGUAUCAAGCUGGAGUCGAAGGAGCAGAUGGUGGGGGGUUGA